AUUAUGUUGGCCGUUUUGUUACCACAUAAAGUGGCGGAUCGUACUCAUUUGGACCAUUCGAGAGCAGAAGUUGCGAAGAACUAGCAAGAUGAUGAAGCACCUCGUAUUCAUAGCCACGGCAGCCGUGUUUGUUUCGGCUCAUCAUGAAAACCUAGUGCCGAUGCGAGCCAUCGCCCGCAUUGCGAGCCCUGCCGGCAAUGAGAUUCAGGGUAAUGUGACCUUCACCCAGCUAGAAGAUGGCAAAGUCCACGUAGAAGGGUCCCUCUAUGGCCUCCCUAAAGGCCAAUAUGGCUUCCACGUGCAUGAGAAAGGAGACAUCACUGGAGGAUGUCUCUCCACUGGCUCACAUUUCAAUCCUGAACAUAAAGACCACGGCCACCCUAAUGACGAGAACCGCCACGUCGGAGACUUAGGCAACGUUGACUUUGAUGACAACAGGGCCUGUCACAUUGACUUCACGGACAGCAAGAUCAGCCUCAUCGGGCCUCAUGGCAUCCUGGGCCGCGGCUUGGUACUCCACGAGAAGUCUGAUGACUUCGGAAGGAGUAGCCAUCCUGACUCGAGGAAGACGGGCAACGCUGGUGGCAGAGUCGCUUGCGGCGUCAUCGGAAUCUUGUAGGCAUCUGGCGUCUUGAUCAGCUCGAGCAUUGUGACCAUCGUUCGUUAGUUUUUGUCUAUGAUGACGAGUUUUUCGAUUCGUUGAAAGUUGUUAAUUUCAAAAAUGUUUUUUCUCUACUAUCCAAAGGGAACCGUACCUAGAACGAUUGUCAUUUUUUUUGAGUUUCGCUUUUUGAUAACAAUGUUUUACUUUUUUAAUAGGACCUGUAUGACUGCACAGGUCGAUUCUCUUGUUAUUUUUUUAUCUCAAUUGGCUUGAUAAAUAUAUUGAUUGUUAUCAGCCUGAUAUUUUGCGAAUAGAAAAUUCAUUGUUUUAAAUUCUAUUCUAUUCUUAUCAUUUAAAUUUUAAGAAGGUAAAACAAUGUUGCUCCUAUAACUCUUUAGUAAAAGGUUUAGAUAUAUUUUUUACAUGAAUUAUUACAUCGUACCUUCUUAUAUUGGUCUUUUAUGUUUCAUGGUUAUGUCUCUCUGCGUUCCCAUAGCAUUACCUAUAGAUAUUUCAAUGUUGGUUUGAAAUAAGAUUACUUCACUGAAGAUUGCGACAUUUUUUUAUUAAGAGUCCCCCAUUCAAUAACUUGUUGAACCGGUCUCCAAUAUGACUGAUCUGUUUACAUUUACGGACUGGUUAUUUCAAAACCGAUUUCUUAAUGGGUCUCACUAACCCGCACCCAACUAUCCAUACACGUAGAAUGUACUAUAUGAAUAAAUUAUCCAUAAUAA